AUGGCUAUAGGGACUGUCAGAUGGGCGGUGGAUCAUAAGGGUGACACGGUGGUGAGCUGGAGAGGUACAAGUGGGAAACGCUACAGAGGAAGACCGCUUACGAGAUGGGCGGAUGAUUUUAGCAAACCGGCUAGCCCAAACUGGAACCAAACGGCCCAAGAUAGUGAAAAUUGGGCUGCGGAGGAGUUCUUGCAGAUUUAUUACUUAUACCAAUAG